AUGUCGAGUGAGAUUCGUCAGUUCGUCGUAAACUGCGACACCUGUGCUUGUCAUACCAGCAAGCAGCAGCCCGAGACACUCUUCCUACACCCAGUGCCAGAUCGCCCGUGGCAGAAAGUAGGAAUCGACAUAUUUACCAUCAAGUCAAGAAACUACUUAGUUACAGUUGACUACCUGAGCAACUGCUACAAGGUUGAUUUCCUUCCUGACACUCUGGCCAGCACUUGCCUCAGCAAGAUCAAGUAUCACUUCGCCAGGCAUGGGAUCCCUGAUGUAGUCGUCUCCGACAAUGGUCCCCAAUUCUCAUGCCGGGAAUUUAGCGCCUUCGCCGCGAAGUGGGAAUUCUCGCAUGAGCACAGCAGCCCAGGCAACAGCAGAUCUAAUGGUGCUACUGAGGCCGCCGUCAAGGAUGCGAAGAAGUUCAUGAAGAAGUGCAACGAAGAGAAGUCCGAUCCAUACCUCGGGUUACUGAAUGUGCGCAACACACCCACUGAAGGUCUCAGCACCAGUCCCGUGCAACGACAAUUUGGUGGCCGAAUCAGAACUGUGCUGCCAACCCUGAAUGAUCGCCUCAAGCCCGCUGCAGAUAUGUCAGCCGACAUUCAGAAGAAGGAGACCAGAAGACAAAAGGCAGCUGAGCACCUCGACCACCGAAGGAAAGACCUCCGCCACUCACGUCUGGCGCAAAGGUUUUCAUUCAACCGAUUGACGGCAAGUCGAGAGAAUGGCAGCCUGCAGUAA